GUCGCGUCGAGUGACGGCUUAGUAAGGCUCCAAGACAGCAGAUGCAGAGGGUUGGAAAAGUCAGCCUGUUGUCAUCGCACUGACGGACCGAACACGUGGCCGCAACGACUGCUCGGUAGCUCCGCAGCUUGGAGAAUGAGCGCAUGCCGCAUACGCCCGGAGUGGGAUCACGGCAAGACCACCUGCUCAUAGUGGCUUGGUGCCCCAGCAAGACCAGGCAGGUCCGCUUCCUUCGCGUACAGCAUGCAUUUGCAUGUGCAUGCACCCCACAUGACCUCACGAGCGCCGCGACUGGGAAGAGGCCAUAUGCAUGCAAACGCAUGUCUUGCGCAGAGGAAGCAAGUCCACGGUAAGCACGCUGCCUUGCGCAGCAGCAUGACCACCACCACUACUACUACCAUGACUACGACAACACCAGGUACCUUCACCAUGCUACUAGAAACCAUCAUUGCUCUGGGUGUCUGCUCCAAGGGGCAACAUAAUGCGUGUGUGAGGCGACGCUCCCGCCUUGGCCUCAUCACCCGCGCAUCUGCAUGCGCACCAGGGCCGCUCCAGCUCGUCCGACGGCAAAAGAGUGUCGCUGUUGCAGGAGUCCCCCUGCAUAUACCACGCGGGUCAACUGGGCCAAGCCUUGAGCCAUGCGGCGGUCCGUCUGCACUCUGCUUGCACGCUAGGGUCAUCCCCGUGCCAGAGCUCGAUGAUAGAGGUAUCUGUCUGCUUUGGCUGCCGGGCUACAUGCAAAGGCCAAAGCACCAGCGGCGUUGCUGCUGCACUGAUGGAUUCAACUGUAUCAAGACCAAGGGAACCCUAAGUUCUCCUGCAUCCUGGUACCUUUGACUUGACCCCACCAAGUCUGCCGCUCCAAGCUGGAAAGCUCGGCGCGGUCAGCAACGCCCGCAGCGCAGGCGCAGCGCCAUCAUUUAUACACAUAGCGCUUGCCUACUUCCACCCUCGCGUGUUCAUCGUCCAUGAU